GGCGCGGCUUUGGCGUCUGAAGCACUUUACACCACAUCACAGGGGAUUGUGCUGUUGUUGCGAAUUCCAUUCCCUCGCGCUCAAGGCUGGUCCUUGACAGUUGUUGGUUGCCGCAAUGCCGUCGGCCUCCGAAAUUAUUGCUUUGUUUGACUCUACCGCCAUUGCCCUCCUCCUCACGACCGUGGUUGUUUUUUCUAUUCCUGUAUUUAUACUGUUCCCGCCGAUACCAGUGGAGCACGGGGAUGCUCUACAACAAACGCACAGCAAAGUCGGCAUACCAGCAUCUGAGAGCAGCCUCAGGAACCAGACGUCACCCGAGCACAACUACCAACCGGACAAGGUUGGCAAGAUACAAAGCUUAUUGAUCUACCCUGUCAAGUCAUGUCGGGGCAUUGAGGUGACGAACAGCAAAAUCUUCGCCAAGGGAUUUGAGUUUGAUCGCCUUUUUACCUUUGCAAGGCAAAAGGCGAGCCGCACCGUGACAUCAGGAGAAGACGCAGAACAGCCAAAUCAGCCAAAGAAGCCGCAGUGGGAAAUCCUCACACUACGGCAAGUUCCGCUGCUAGCAAAUGUUCAAGUCGAUCUAUGGCUCCCAGAUGCAAGCAAGACCAGUCGCCAACUUGGCAGAGUAGGCGGCCGAUUCAUCGUUGUUAGAUUUCCUUGGAAGGAUGCUGGCUUGAGGGGCACGAUCCAGUGGAUAUCUGCCAAACUGAGCCGCGGCUUCAGCGGCAUCCCAGAAAAAGAGUUUAUGCUAUCCAUUGAUUUCCCACCCCCUGGCGAGAUUAAGACCAGAGGCUACCAGUAUGAGGAUACGCGGUUCUUCGAGGGCACCGUUCAUGCACUGAAUCUGAGAAACGAGGUGCCCCCUGAGCUGGCUCGCUAUCUGGGCGUCAACGUGCCAACAACCAUCUUCAUGAUCGACCCAGCUCAGCGGAGGCAAGUCUUCAGAAACGCGCCUCGCAAAGAGGACCUUGGCUACCAGCCCAUGGCCGACUUCCAGGAUGUGUAUCCACUGAAUGUCCUUAGCCUGACGAGUGUCCGCGCAUUGGAGUCCAAGGUGCAGAAAGACGACGGGCUCAAGUUCCUGGACGCGCGCCGUUUUCGCCCGAACAUUAUUGUUUCCGGUCUCAAAGAGUACGACGAGGACGACUGGCGACGCAUUGAGUUCUCACAGCCUUCCCAAGGCGCCACGGCUCCGCGAUUGAAGAGUCAAUUUGACGUCUCAGGCCGCGCAGUUCGGUGCAAAUUGCCAAAUGUCGAUCCAGCCACUGGGAUUCGACACAAGGUGGAGCCUGAUAAUUCGCUCAGGAAGCACCGCGCAAUUGACGGAGGCGCUCCCGGAAAGGGUUGCUUCGGGAUGCAGCUGUGUCCCAUAUUUUCAAGUACAGACAAGCCAGAGGACAUGGAGUUGUCACUAGAGGUGGGUAUGGAGAUUAAGGUUCUGGAACGGGGCCAGCACUGGGCUUUGUAAGUUAGUGAUAAGAGUAGUUUGCGGUGGCAAGGAUGGAUCUCAAAGAGAGGGGGGGGAAUGGAGUUUUGAGCAAUAAACAUGACUGGCGAGUGAAGAAUAUGGAGCCGCUCGUAAAAUAAAAAGAAUGGAAUGGAAAGAGAACAAAAAAAAAAGGCGGUUUGACAUGUGUACGUACAGUAUCAACCAAGUCUGUUCCUCUGUAGACAAAAAGUGGAAUUAAAAAAGGCUAAAAAAGGCUCAUCAUAACCUCUCCUUUUUUUACCCAAUUCGUAUUAGAUCAUAUUCGAUCAUAUCCUACCAGCUCAUCAAAACCCAUCCAUGCGCCUCUCGUCAUUUCAUAUAUCACAUUGGUCCCAACAGUUUGGGGAAAAAAAGAAAAAAAGACAAAAAAAAAAAGAAAGAAAUUUUCCCUUUCUUCAGUUACUUCAAGUCCGCUGGCGUGAGUGCCUGAACCAUGCUCGUUCCUUCACUGAAGCGUGUACGGAAUAUACGGUUGGCGUUCUGGAACAUGCCGUCCUUUAGACUCACAACAAUGAACUGAGAGCCCUUGAAGCGCGUCUUGAUGAGACGUCCAAUGUUUUGUGUGUGAGAAAGAUCGAGGGCGGCGUCAACCUCGUCAAGGAUGUACAUUGGCGCGGGCUUGAAUUGUAAUAGAGCCAUGAUGAGUGAGAGUGCGACAAGUGACCUCUGACCGCCGCUCAGUUCUGUUAGACUUUGCUUCCACACCUUGCCCAAGCAAACCUUCACUUCGAGACCGUCGCUGAUCGUCUUACCCUCUGGAGGAUCCAGCUUUGCGAAACUACCUCCAGGGAGAAGAUCAGAGAAGAUCUGGCCAAAGUCGCCAUUGACCUUCUCCCAAGUCUCUUGUAGCGCCUUCUUCUUAUACUCAUCCAAACUGACAAUGGUCUCUUCAAUCUUCCUCUUGUCUCGAAUGACAGUCUUUAUCAUUUGCUUGAGCGAGAUUUCCUUCUUCUCAACGCUGUCGAUCAUAUUCAUCACCUUGGGGUUGAUCUUCUUCUUCAUUCCUUGGAAUCUCUCUGUGAGGUUCCGCAGUGUUGACUUGCACUCCGCUAUAUUGUGCUGCUGGAAGUCGUAGGGCGUCCCGCUGCGACCGAAAUGGUCCUUCUCAUCCUGAAUCCAUUCGUAUUCGGCCUCGAGCCGAGCAACAUUCUCUCCUGCAGAUUGUUGCUCUUUGUGGAACUUCUCUAUUUGGUGACCAAGUUUCUGCAUCUCUAACCCUUCUUCCGUAAUGCGACCCUUCUUUGAGCGCGUAGCCUCCUCCAAUGCUCGAAGCUCGUCGUCGAAUUGGUGUAGCUUCGCUCUUUCGUCCUCAAGCUCGGCCUGUGCGGUGUCAUGUGUCUCGGCCACCUUGGCCUGCUGUUUUGAUAACUCUUCAAUAUCUUGCUGCUGAGCCUUGAUGGCCACCUCUACCUCUUGAAGCUGCUCCCUUGCAGCAGAUAGAUCACCUCCCACUUGCUCCAGGUCCAGUUGAGCACCUUGCAGUUCUUUUUGCAAGGUUUUGACUGCUGCUGAAUUCUUGUCGAGACUUCCCCUUAAUUUAUCUAGAGAUUUUUGCAGUUCGACCAGUUUGCCAUCCUUGUUAUUGUCAAAAUCUUUCAUGUCCUUCUCAAUGCGCUUGAUAUCCGCACUAGCCUCGGCCUGACGGGUUCUGGCAUCCGAUAUGCUCUCUUGCAGUUCAGCAAUGGUGGCUUUCCAAUUUUCAAUUUCUUGAAUGAUUGAAGAUGAUGAAUUUCCGCCAAUCUGAUCCUCUGCCAGUUUGAUCUCAUGCUUCUUCAGGUCCAAAGUCUGUUGGAUCUGGCGGGCUUGAUCUAGCUUGGAUUUCUCCCUCGCAAUCUUGAUCUGGACGUCCUUUAAUGAUCUUUCAGCCUCAUUCAGCUGCCGAGCCAGAGUAUUGAGCUUCUGUAAAGUCACCAAAACGCCGCUGGAGUUUGGAGAGCUGCCACCUGAAAGAGUUCCCGAGGGAUCGUAGGAGUCUCCUUCGAGGGUAAUACUUCGCAUUCUCACAUUAGGAUGGAAGGUGACCUUUUUUG